GGGGAAUCAUAAUCCACAAAGUCAAAAAUGAAGAUCACUACCAUCAUAAUCUUCUUCUUCUUUGUUCUUCCGUUCACAUUUGCUGAACUACGCGUUGGCUUCUAUAGCUCAACCUGUCCAAGCGCAGAGACUAUCGUACGUGACGUUGUGCAAAAGCGUUUCAACCAGGAUAAAUCCAUUGCCGCAGCGUUGCUUCGCAUGCACUUUCAUGAUUGCUUUGUUAAAGGCUGCGACGCUUCUUUACUAAUCGAUCCAACAAGCACAAGAACAUCGGAGAAAAUUGCAGGACCAAACCAAACGGUUCGCGAAUUCGAGCUUAUCGACGAAGCCAAAAUACUCAUAGAGCAAGCAUGCCCUUCAACAGUUUCAUGCGCAGACAUCCUGGCCCUCGCCACGCGAGACGCCGUGGCGCUCGCCGGAGGGAUCCGGUACAGCGUCCCCACGGGAAGAAGAGACGGUCUCCUCUCUGAUCCCUCACUCGUCAACCUUCCCUCACCAUCGCUCUCGGUACCCGGUGCCCUUCAAUUCUUCACCGCAAAAGGGUUAACCCUAGCGGACAUGGUGACCCUCUUGGGAGCGCACACCGUAGGGUUCGCUCACUGCAGCGUGUUCCAGAACAGGCUCUCGAACGUUGGAGGGGGAGUGGACCCCACCAUGGACCCUGUCUUGGCCGCGACGCUGGUGCAGAUUUGUGGGCUCGAUAGGGCAGUGUUGAGCGACCCUAGAGUGUUUUUGGACCAAAACUCGUCGUUUUUGUUCGACAAUGGGUUCUACAACGAAGUGAUGAUGCGGAGAGGGAUACUCCACAUUGAUCAGCAAUUGGCGUUGGACAAAAUGUCGAGGAACAUGGUGGAGAGUUUUGCGGCGAAUGGUACCUCGUUUCAGGAGAAGUUUGCAAAAGCCAUAGUGAAGAUGGGGACUAUUGGGGCCUUGGUUGGGGAUGAAGGUGAGAUUAGAAGGAGUUGCAGGGCUUUUAAUAAUCCUUUGUAAAUUGUAAUGUCAUCGAUGUUGCGUUGUCGAAAGGAAACGCUCCCGGAAAAUCAAUAAUGAUGGU